CGCCUUUGUUUUUAGUUGGCCAACUUUUUCCCCCGCCUCUCCUCUCCUCUCCUCGCUUCACAUUUCCCUAUCUUUCCUGCAUUUAGUUACUUCAAUAUAUUGUUAUUUCAUCACCACGCAUGCCACUUCCAAAGACCAAGGACAAAAAGAGCGCGGCCUCUGGGAGGGCCAGCCAACGCAAGCCCCGCUCUAGACAGAACAAUAAGCAAAAAAGCAGCGGUGCCAGCUCGAACCAGCGCUCAGGAGCAAACAGCGACGACGAGCGCACAGUCACAAACACGCCGACAGAAAAUGACAAAAACCUGGCCAGUGCCAUACUGAACAGCAAGUUUGGCAAAGGGCUCGCAGAGCUCAAACCCGAGCGGGUCAAGCGCCGGCGCUGGUUUUUAUCGGGUAUCAUCUUUGGCGUCUCAGCAGCGGUUCUGAGCAUCCUCUAUACGAACCCCACUCAGAGCUCGCACAUCAACCAUAUGCACACGUUUUUCGGCGAGCUGGACGUCAUCUCUUUGCUGCCAGAGAGCCUGAUGCCUGACGAUUUUAUUCGCGAUAUCACUGGAAUGCUCAUCACCAAUACGGAACCCUCCACGGUUCCGCAGUACACGGUCGGUGACUACCAGCCAGCCCUGUCGUUAGUUGAGGAUGAGGUCUUGGUGAAGAAGCACAAUGUUAUUCUGGUUCCCGGCAUCAUCUCUACAGGACUCGAGAGCUGGAGUACGGUCAACUGCUCAAAGCCGUACUUCCGCCAGCGACUCUGGGGCACUACCACCAUGUUCAAGGCCAUUUUGCUCGACAAGGAAUGCUGGGUCGAGCACAUUAUGCUGGACAAGAAGACGGGGCUUGAUCCACCCGGCAUAAAGCUGCGCGCGGCCAAGGGCCUGGAUGCCGCCGACUACUUCAUCACAUCGUACUGGAUUUGGGGCAAAAUAAUCAACAACCUCGGGGUGCUGGGAUAUGACAGCAACGAUAUGUCGCUGGCAUCCUAUGACUGGCGCCUCUCCUACGCGGAUCUGGAGCGCCGCGACCAUUACUUCUCCACGCUGAAGAGCCAGAUUGAAGUGGCACUAAGAGCGGGAGGCAAAAAGACCGUGCUUGUGCCGCACUCUAUGGGAUCCCAGGUUAUCCAGUACUUUAUGAAAUGGGCCGAGUCCCCCAAGGGCGGCAAUGGCGGCAGUCAGUGGGUCAACGAUCACAUUGAGGCUGUGGUUAAUCUGGCUGGCACGCCACUGGGUGUGCCUAAAACUCUAUCGUCCUUGCUCUCUGGUGAGCAGCGCGAGACUGUGCAGCCCCUGGUGAACUACCUUUUAGACCACUUUAUGAACCGCAAAGAGCUUGCCAGCAUAUUCCGCUCAUGGACUGGCUUGCCCUCGCUGCUGCCCAAGGGCGGAAACGCCAUCUGGGGUGAUCUUUCGGGCGCACCCGACGACAUCGAUGUCGGAACUGACGACGUGUCUAGCGCCGUGUCUUACGGUGCGCAGAUCCGCUUUGACGACGGUGGCAGUGUCGGCAACCAGACUAUGGAGGAUGCCCUGGGCCUGCUGUACCGCGUCUUAGACCAAGACGCACAGCGGUUCCUUAAGCGCGACUACAGCUACGGCGUGUUCCGGACGCAGGCCGAGAUGGACGACCACGCGGACGACCACCGCAUGUGGACCAACCCGCUCCAACACCAACUCCCUAACGCUCCCAACAUGACCAUCUACUGUCUCUACGGCCACGGCGCCACCACCGAGCGUGCAUACUACUACACUACGGACAAGGCCAACGUAGACGAAUUUCACGAGGAGUCUGGCACGCCGGCAUUGCGAAUCGACAAACGGCAGCGCGCGCACCUGAAGAACGUCGACAUUGGGAUCAUCAACGGUGAGGGUGACGGGACAGUGCCACUCUUGUCGCUCGGGUACAUGUGUUCGGGCGCUUGGCGCAAGCCCCUGUAUAACCCGCAUGGUGUGAGGAUUGUUGCCCGCGAGUUUGCUCAUAAUCCGGCUGCUGCGUACAAGGACAUGCGUGGCGGUGCUGGCGCCUCGGAUCAUAUCAACAUUUUGGGCAAUCAUGCGGCAACCGCUGACAUUCUGCGCAUCGUCUCUGGUAACGGCCCCAUGGUCGAGGACCAGAUCAGCUCCGACAUUCUCAAAUAUGUAGACCGUAUCAAGCUGCCCUGAAAAUAUAGAAAUGAAAGUUGUAAUCGUACGAGUUUCCCUUAAUUUUACGAGAGGCCAACCAAAUGUAUAAAUCUAAUAAAUAUGAAC